GGUCAAUAACACCGAGCUGCCCUGGAGAGAGAGAGCAGCAGCUCCCGGACAGGUAGUGUGGGAAUAAAUAGCACCAGUGGGCCUAAAUGUCAAAUAUGAAGCAAUUAGGGAGAAACUCAUGCGGUUGGUGUUUAUAAUACAAUCUGCCACAAGAUGAGUGGACAGUACAUAGAUAAUGUGUGCUCUGCCAAUGAUAAUGGCCCUUAAAUUUGUACCAACUAGUAAAAUAGUACACUCAAGUAUAACUGUUCGUAAAAAAAAAAAAAAACAGUAAAACAUUACACUCAGACAAUUAUAACGGUUAGUAAAAACCAACUAAUAAAACCGUGCACUCAAUUCUAACUCUUACUAAAAACCACCUUGUAAAACAUUGCACUCAGACAAUUAUAACCGUUAGUAAACAAAAAACACAGGGACAUUUUGAAGUGGCACUGAGGAUGACAUAGGUGUCCCUGCCCAUAUGAGACCAGUUAUAUAAUAAUAUUAUAAAAAUGUAAAUUAUAUUUGGAGAUAUAUAGCCAGUGGGGAAAGAGUUAAGUAUUACAAAAAUGUUAAAUAUUUAAUACACAAGAUGUAAUGAAGUGUUAUGUUGUAUACAUUUUAUACCUACACUGUUAUGUUUUGAUUAUUGGGGUAUAAUGUACCAUUCCAUGAAGGGUAACUUCCGCAUAAGCAAUCUAACCUGUGAAGGUGUACCAACUAGUAGAGCAAGAUAUAUUAAGGGGCGAGAGAGUGUUCUGAAAAUGUUAACGGUUAGUAAAAGCCUAAAUAGAUAAUAUAAAGUGGCCCCGAGGGUGCCAUGUAUCGCUGCUCACAUGAGAUCAGUUAUAUAAUAGUUAUAAAAAAUGCACAAAAUGGAUGCACAGAAGUGUCAGAAAGCAUGUAUUGGGAGUCUUUGUGCUGUUAUAGGAAAGAUUAGUUAAACAAACACUAAGUAAAAGCUAUGGUACUAAGGACUGCAUCCUCAGAUGCUUAGCCAGACGUUUUGGGAAGCUGAGCCCACAUUAGGCUCACCUGAAACGCCAAAGUUACUCCUAAAUGUGAUUUAUUCCCCACAUCACCAUGAACUUUCACCCACCUGUUCCCCACACAGGCUCCGCCCAGGCUGACACGUGACAUGCCCUGGUCUGGGGAGAGACAUCCUGGGCUCAGCUGAUCAGAUCCCAUUGUGACCUCCUGGGAGCCAACCAUGCCUUCCUUACGGGAGCGCUUCCACAACUAUCUCCACGGAGACAACGUGGUCUCACGGAUAUUUGGAAAAUUUGAAGAAAAAACCGGGAUCAAAAAGACCUAUCUGGCGACUGGUAAGAGGAUCAUUAUUUAGUAGAAGAUAUAAGAUCUACAGGAAUUCGUGGAACAUUCAAAAGUUAUAAAGACUGAAAGAAAAGGGGGGAUGCAUUCCCCCCUCAAAAAAAGGGUGCAUUGUGUACAUUGUAUGUACACCGAUUCUAUGGUUACCGUAUUGUUUAUUUAACAUUAAAAAAAACAGCUUCAAGUGAAUUCUUCCUUGCAUUGAUUUUAGUGCAUCCUGUUGCGUGCAUUUUUCAUGUUAUCCUACCUGUCUGUGGGAGGGGAAUUGAGGUUAAAUCGAAUCUACCAUAAAGAGAAGGUUCUGUCCCAAUCAGGGUUGGAAACUGAGUGACUAAGCACUACCAGGGAGAUUAGAGAUCAUUAUUGAAUGAGGUCCUGGACAUUUUUUUUUAAAAUUUUUUUUCUCUAUCUUGUUUUAAAAAAAAAUAAAUAAAAGUUAAACAGUAAUAGGCUUGGUAUUGUGAGACGUCUCUCUUGUUGGUGUGUUGUUUUUUUUUGUUUGUUUUUUUUUUGUUUUUUUGUGGGGGGGGUGUCUAGUCAGUUGGUGUUUAAAAGGGAACUGUCACUCUUCAUAUAUCUAGAAUAUAGUAUGUAAGUGCUGGUGAUGUCUGUAUAUAUUUAUUAAAUUUUGUUUUUGCAUUUUAUUGUACCCUAAUGUAACAAUGCAAUGAUUUGUGGUCCCAGGACAUACUUGAAAACAAGAGAAAUUUCAAUGUAUCUUUCCUGGUAAAAUAUUUUAUAAAUAAUUGAAAUGUAGAAACCUACAGUAGCCUGAAACCGGGCACCUUCAUCUUGGCUCCCUUUAGUUGUUACAGAAGUUGCACGUUUCUGAUGUAUGUUGAACAUGUUCAUGGAAGAGGGAGGGGGAAACAAAAGUGAUGUAGGUUUUGUAUUUUUUUUUUUUCGCCACAGUCAGGUUUUCCAUGACAAGUAUGCAGCUUUUGUGAUUCUUUUUGUUAAAGUAUAAAAAAAACACCUUUUAUAUGCACCUAUAUGUUUCCCAGUAAUAUUACUCAUUUGGGGGAGAACCAGUGUAUUGAGUGUGGAGUAUCAGUUCGAUACAUUUAAAAAAAAAAAAAAAAAACUAGCUGAUACAUAAGUCUUUGUGUCUGGUUUUUCUUUCUCAUUUGCUUUGUGCUGUGAUUGUGUCUGGAAUUAACCAGAUUAAAAAAAUGUUACUUGUUAAAUUUUUAAUGGUGUGGUUUUUUUUUAAAGAAAAUUGUAUAUCAUAUUGUGAAAAAAGGGGUUUUUUUGUAAGUGAUUUUCAAUGGUCGUUGUCCUUUUAAGAGAUUACACGAAUACACACUAAGAAGUCCUGUUGUGUAUUUUUUAUCUGCUUUGGGUAUAAUGGUCUUUUAUACAAGACAUGUUUUUUGGGGUGUAUUUUAUGUCUAUCUGUGUACAGGGAUAUAUAUAUAUAUAUAUAAUCUAUCUCUCUCUCCUGAAAAUGUGGACUUUAGACGUCUUCUUUUAAGAACAUCUGCUGUAGUUGGCAGACCUGAAACAAGGUAUAUGUAUUAGUCUGAAAAAUAGUAUUUGAAAUAGGUCAGCAUUGCAUAGCCAAACAUUCACUUAUAGAAAGUAGCUGCUACGUAUAAAUGUUGUGAUUCUGUAGUCUCUGGUAAUUGAGAUAUGACCCUCAGGUCUGAUGAACUUGUCAGAGGAGGGGGGAGGGAAUAGUCUGACACUAAUCCUCUAAUGUGAACCUUUUGGUGCUUAAGGGGACUGAUACAGGAAGGUAAUCCACAUUAAGUGCAAUUUCCUCCUAUUGUUUUUGCUAAUAUACCUUAUAUCUCACAAAAUUUAAUAUUCAUACAGUUCUUGAUAAGAAAGCAAUCUCUCUGUUAUUUGAAACUGAUGUCCAGGUUGUUAAUAUUUAGUAGUGGUUUCUUGUUGUGUGUUUUUUUGUUUUAAAUGUAUUUUAUUUUUUUCCUCUCCCUAGGUUCCAUCUGCUCUUUAGGCCUGUACCUUAUAUUUGGUUAUGGAGCUUCUUUGGUAUGCAAUCUGAUCGGCUUUGUAUAUCCAGCCUACACAUCGUAAGUCUAAUAGGAUUGAGCCUUUUAACAGUUUACUGAGUGAAGACAGAAGGAUUACAUAAGCUGUUUCAGCAGGAGGUGGGACAGACCACUGUCUCGUGUUUGGGAGCAUAUGUGAAGUUCAGUCCUCGUAUGUAAAUUAUUUUUGUAAAAUUAUUUGUCUGUUUAUCAAGUUGUAAUCUUUCCUCUGUCUUCUCCAGGAUUAAAGCAAUUGAAAGCCCAGAUAAAAAAGAUGACACAAUAUGGCUGACCUACUGGGUUGUUUAUGGGGUGUUCAGUGUGGUGGAAUUUUUUUCCGACAUAUUUCUAUUCUGGUUUCCAUUUUAUUAUUUAGGGAAGGUAAGGAUGUUGUUACAGACCACGGUGCGCAGUUAUUCUGUGUUGUGUCCAAUAGCUUUUACCUUAUCUUUUAUGGAUUUUUAUAGCCCAGGUGUCUUCAUGCUCUUUCUGUACUUGUUCUUCAUUUCAUCCCUGAAUGGAUCAAUGCUAAUGUAAAUUUUUCCUAUUGCAUGUAUGGGGCAUAUGUCUCUUACUUUCUCCCAUUCUGUAAUCGUCUUUUGAUAGUGCUGGUUAUAUUUUAUUUACCUUGCAGUGUGCUUUCCUAUUAUGGUGCAUGGCUCCCUUCACAUGGAAUGGCUCACAAAUUCUCUACAGCCGAUUCAUCCGACCAUUCUUUCUAAAACACCAUCAGACUGUAGACAGUGUGGUCAAUGAUCUUGGUGGUCACGCGCUGAGCACGGCAGAAAUGGUCACAAGAGAAGGUAUGUGCUUCGAACCCGGUUAUCAUGGUUUUUGUUUUGUUUUGUUUUUUUAAAUUAUUUUAAACUUUUUGGCUUCCUCUUGCAGCCUCUUUUAUCUCUAAAUCUUAUGCUCUCCUUUCCUCCUGUGCAUCUGUGGACGCAGUGCUCCAGACUUUGACCAGCAGUAGGUCUCUUCUAAGACAUGAAGGAGGGCAGCAAGCCCUUCCUGGCACCACAGUACGUACAUUAAAUGGCGAGAGAGAGAGAGAGCUCAGUACAAGCUUACCUGCACACUCAUUGGCUAAAAAUAAAGAUGUGUAACAUCACCAAGGCUGCUAGCUAUAUUUGCCUGUCCAUUCAGAUCUCGCCAUAUAGCAUGUUAAAAAAAAAAAAAAUUCAUAUCUUUUGUGUUUGUAUUGGCCCAUUUGAAAGUCACUGUUGUCGGCUGUUAAGUGGUAACUUAUUGCCACAAUAUGAUGAUUUCUCUAGCAGUUGAUUAUUUUCCAUUGUCAGCAUAAGGAAACAAUCCUACUUGACCGUUCUAAUCAGAAUAUGUAAACGGUAAAAAUAGAGACUGAACAUAUUGCUGAUCUUUAAAAUCACGCUUUACUCAAUAGACCACAAAGAGUUAAACCGCAUUUAAGAGUAGUCGGAACAGAAGGUCAAGGGUUAUGAAAAACUAUGUCAAGAAACAUGGAGCCAUAUACUAAAUCUAUACAGCCUUGAUGCAUUACAACAAUUUUAAUCAUUCAUACUACUGCAUAGGAAAACAAUUAUGAUCUAAUUCUAUAUGUACCUGGCUCCUCUGUUUUCUAUCUCUGCUACUUUGGCCUAAACUUUGAAAUUUGCUUGUUUAAUUUUCCACAGUUCCCUGUUUGUGUAACACAUCCCAGGAUGUUCUGGACAAAAUGUCUGCUGACUUUUCCUGUGUCUGUGUAGAAUAAGUCUGAACUAUGCUGAGCUCUUUUCUCUUGAUUACUGACCUGGGUAUAUUUUCACAUUUUCUCUUUCACUUGGUAAUAAUCAAUUUCUGUCCACAAACUUUGUGCAGCAGAUUUCUUCCAUCAGGGCCCAGCAUGGAUUUCCCCCUCCACAGUAGCUUUAUAUAGCAAGUCACCAUUUUGAUGAGCUCAUAGAAUUAUUGGUUAAAAUACAGGUAUAAAGUAUGGGAAUUUUUUUUUUUUUUUUUUUAAAUCUUCUUUUAUAGAAAUCCAUAAUUCUCAAUAUAACUAUCGAUGUCAAUCACAGCAUAUGCACAAUACCCCUCACUAACAAGUAUGGGAGUUCUGGGGAAAAAAGUGGGUAAAUCUUCACUAGCAUCAGAGGUCAGUUCUGCAGCUAAUAAAGAUCUGUUUUUGAGGUUAGUAGAUAAUUUUAUGAACUUUAGUAAAUCUAAACAGAGGGUCAAGUGUGAGCGCUCCUUCAUAAAAAUAAAGUGAAGCAUGAACAAAUUACUUUAUUAGGGAAUCCCACAAUAUAAAGUGCUAAUAAAAUCAAAUAAAUGAAAAGUAUUUAUCAAUCAGAAAACCUGUAUGAAUGUUGUAAAUCUGCUACAAAAAGUAUGAGGAAAAAUUCCACAAAAUAUAAACACACCUUAGAUUUAUGUGUUUGUGAAAACCCAAAGGGAUAAUCCACUAACUGGUGCAAUCAGGAAAAAUGUGUAACUGUCAAAAUGACCCACAUGGGAUAAAGGCCCAUGGUUAGGUACAAUAUAUAAAAAUAAAGAGCACUAUAAACAUAACAGAUUCUGAAAAGUACCUGAAUAAACUAGCAGAAAAAUUUCUAUAAAAAUGUCCAUUAAUCUAUGGUUGCAAUAUCAAUCAAACCUUAUGUACCUGACCAUGGAGGGCCCCACCACCGAGUCAGAUGAUAGAAGUAGGCUGUAAAGAUGCUCACACUCUGAUGCUGUACUGGACCAAAUCCAGGUCUGCCCAGAGAGCUCAACCCUCGCCGACGGUUGUAGGCACCAGACACCAGCUGAAAUAACUUGUGUCCACACGAGCAAGAGGUGCAGUCUGGGAUCCUGGUAACUUCGAAAAAGCCCACAGUUAUCUUAAAGAGAGAGCACUAUAAAAUGUGACAACCAAAAUGAAGAGACCUCAAAUCUACGCGUUUAGCCUCUUAAAUUAGACUUUUUUCAAGACCAAGGCCAAGUCUCAGUUAAGAGACAAAACACGUCCCCUAACACUAUAGGCAACACAGCACGCUGUUUUCAGGCAUAAUUUUCUUUUUAAGUAGGUGCUUUGGGAUAGAUCUAUAUACACCUUGUCGAACACCGCUUAUAAGCUUGUCAGAGCCUCUAGCAAGAUUUUAAAAAAGGUUCUGAAGAGCUGAACGAUUGCCCAUGUUUGCUGUGAAGGUUAGAAACAAUUGCCUUGCACUAUUAUAUAGACAAAGGGCCCAGGUUGUUCUUGUGCUUGGAGUGGUUCUUUAAAGGGUUACUCCAAGCAAUAAGCCAGCUGUAAUUUUGAUGUCAGGAGUAUCCAGGGUACUCCUGUUACCCAGUAAUGUGGCAAACCGGUUUUUAGCAAUAUUACCUGGCUUUCUCUGGGCUUCUGACCUGCUCUGCAGCAGGAUUUUACAUGCCAAUCCUGCUGGCGAUCCAUUGACUAGCAUAUCAGCUGGCCAAUCUCAGGCAAUGAAUGGCACACUGUGCAUGGAAAGCUAUGCAGAAUAAACCUUAGCCAACCUAGAACUCUUGUUUCAGUUCACUAAAUGACGCAGCCGUAGGGGGGAGUUACUACUCCCAGAGCAGAUGGGAUAUACUCUGUAUGUGCAGUAUUUCAUAGAGAAAUGCUGCUACAGAUUUCAUGUACCAUAAUUAAAUGGUUAUGGUACUUGAAAUAACUCUUUAGCAUAGAAAUGGGUGCUGGUGGAUAGUACCUUCCAACAUUACAAAAAUUAUUUCUAUUUCUUUAUUUAACUCAUUCACCCCAUGUUCAGUGGAUUCAAAAAAGUAACCAUUUACAGGCUAGAAGUUGGUGAGUACCAGGGUGGUUAAAAAUGAAUGAUUUUAUUCUAUUAAAGUUGAUAGCUAUAAUAUUAAAAAGGGACAGCUCUAUCUAUGUAGUAUGAGGCUAUGUUUAUACAGUGUUUACAAUAUAUAUAUAUAUAUUAUUUAAUUAUAUUAAUUGCUUUUACAAUGUUAUGCUCUGCAAGGUUUCUGUAAGAUUUGUGAUCACUAGAAGCUAUUAAUACUAGUAUUAUCACUGAUGCUUGGAUUUGCAGAUCUCAAAACUGUGCACUAGCGUCUACAGAGAGAUCAUGCCUCUUUUUCACAGGCAAAGUUUUAUAACCCAAACCUAAAGCUCAGAAAAAGACUAUAAUCCCAUAGAAAUAAUAUGAAAUGUUAUUAUACAAUUAAAACUUUUACUAGGUUGUAAAAAGUAAGAUUAUAAUAACUACAAAGAAUGAGUCUUUACAAACAAAUCCAUGAUGUUAAACGAAGGCUUAUUAACUACUGAAUUAAAUCUUGAUAUAAAUCAAAACAACCCUGGUACAUACAAUCUGAUGCUUCGUCCAAUCACAUAUUGAGGAAUGGGGAGUGUAAUAUGUAAAGGAGUGACCCCCAAGCCCCUGACACAUACUGCACACCUCCCAGUAGAGGACAAGUUGAGAAAAAUAUCCUGAUAGAGAGGGCUUCCAGUAGGGUAGACCCAGUACUUUGAACCUGUGUGCCCAAACCUCAAUCCUUUUCAGACAAUUGUCCUGGGAUUCAUGCGCCAUAUUGAGUCUGAAUCUGCUUAGGAGCUAUGAAGUAAUUUGCUAUGCCUAAGUUGUGCUCAAACAGAAUUUGAGAAUUAUCACUUUUCCCCAUCAAGUUCUUUUAACGAGUGAUCACAUUUGACUUCCACAUUUUACUGGUAUUAAAGACUUUAUACUUGGGAGUGCUGAUGGCUCACAUGUCUGUAUGGUUAGACAGCCUGCUGGCCUCCAGUUAAUGUAAACCCCCAUGAUCAGUUGGUAAGGGAUCAUGUGGGAUGUGUAUUCGCUGUAGAAGAGUCACAUGUUGCUAAACUUAAAUUAAGUAAAUCUUACCUCUCAACACUUUCUCCUUCUAGAUAGAUUUUGUUGUGUGUUCAGAUAUAUAUAAUAAGUACAUUAAAGUGAAGCAGUUUUGGUGCACAGGUCAUGCCCCUGCAGUCUCACUACUCAACUCUGCCAUUUUGAAGCCAAAUCACUAUAUUUAUGCAGACCUAGUCACACCUCUUUGCAUAUGACUUGCACAGCCUUCCUAAAUACUUUCAGUAAUGAGAGAUCUAAUGUUUAAACCUCCUUUUAUUGUACAGUAUGUUUAAUUUAAAAUUCUCAUUUCAUGCUCUGUUAAUAGCUUGCCAUACCCUACAGGAGCUUCCUGUGUGUGGUUAAAGUUCAAUUUGCAGAGCAGGAAAAAAAAAAAAAAAAAAAAAAAAAGUUUAAAGAAAAAUAACAUCUGAUUUAAAAAUGCAGUCUGUAGAGUCACAACCAGGGGGGCUACGGCUUCAUAAACAGAAAUAAAGGUGAUUUAAAGGGACACUAUAGUCACCAGAACUACAGCUUAAAAGACUACUAUAGGCACCCAGACCACUUCAGCUUAAUGAAGUGGUCUGGGUGCCAGGUCCACCUAGGAUUAACCCUUUCUGCUGUAAACAUAGCAGUUUCAGAGAAACUGCUAUGUUUACUUUAGGGUUUAUCCAGCCUCUAGUGGCUGUCUCAUUGACAGCCGCUAGAGGCGCUUCCGCGCUUCUCACUGUGAUUUUCACGGUGAGAAGACUCCAGCGUCCAUAGGAAAUGCUUUCCUAUGGACUGGCUGUGCUUGCGGCUCUUGCCGUGCAUGUGCAUUCAGCCGAUGACGGAAGAAGAGGGAGAUUCUCCAGCACCGAGGGAGCUCAGUGCUGGAGAAAGGGGAGUGUUUAAUCCCUUCCUCUGCAUCCAGCCCGGCGGGAGGGGGACCCUGAGGGUACUAUAGUGCCAGGAAAACGAGUAAGUUUUCCUGGCACUAUAGUGGUCCUUUAAUGUAUUUGUUCUGGUGAGUAUAAUCAUUCCCUGCAGGCAUUUUCAUGUAAACACUGCCUUUAUAAAGAGAAGACAAUGUUUACAUUACAGCCUAGGGACACCUCCAAUGGCCACUGGAGGUGUUUCCUGGGGCAUUGCGGUCUAAUGUACAGCAAUGCUGUCCAGCGUCUCCACACUAUGCAUAUGGAGAAGCUGAAUCUUCCUCAUAGAGAUGCAUUGGUUCAGUGCAACUCUGAGAAGGUGCUGAUUGGCUAAGCCAGCGUUUGGGCCUCCUUGCCGAUUUCAGCCAAACCAGUGCUUUCCCCAUGGAAAAGCAUUGGGUUGGCCAAAAAUCAUAAAUUAUCAUGUCCGCAAGUAGGCGGGGCCGGUGCCGGCAGACUCUCACAGCACUGAAAGACAAGUUUUUAUUAACUAUUAAGGGGGUUAACCGGGAACAAGUCACCUAAAUAGUGUUUUUAACACUAUAGAGUCAGGAAUACAUGUUUGUUACUGACCCUGUAGUGUUCAUUUAACUCCUAAAUGACAGAGAAUUGAGCAGCAAGACUACAGGCGCAUGAUCUAUGCAGUAAAUCUGCUUCAUUAAGCUAAAAUUGUUUUUGAUAUCUAUAGUGUCCCUUUAACCUGUUUUGGUUUUUUUGUGUGUUUUUAAUGCAUGCCAGUAUGUUAAUAUGAUGUAUAAAGGUUUUAUUCACUGUCUUCUGUUUCUUGAUCUACAUAUAAAGUUUUAUUCAUAUAUUUUUUUUUUUUUUAUUAUAUAUAUUUUUUUUUUUUUUUUUACCUAGCAUGCAAAGGAGCAAUAAUCCAUUCCCUGGAAUCUGAAAAAAACAAAUGAAAUGUGUUUCCACCACCUUUAAAGCCGGAAAUGUUAUUUGUCUGAAACCAAUUUUCCUGCAGGUUGAUCCAAAGCCAUGCUUUUUGUUCAAUAGAUUGAGGCCCUGUUGUCUAGGAUGUUUUUUCAUUGCUUAUGCAUAUGCUGCAAAAUACACACUUGCAUAAUGUUGUGCCCAGUAUAUAACUUCUGUAUUACCUCACAGAUAGGCAGGCUUUACUCCGCUAUUAUGAAAUUAUGAUUAGAGACGGUUUCUUAAUAGAGUGUGCCUGCAUGUUACAUAAGUACAAAAAAGCCAUGUUAAACCAUUAACACUUCUGAUCCUUAAUACAGCUGCCACCUUACGAAACUGUGAUAUUGUAUAACUGCCCAAGGAAUGUGCAUUACCAUGCUGUGCAGAUCCAUAAUUAAAAGUCAUGAUGUGUUUGUAUGUUUGUAGUUCUUGGUAUACAUUUAGACCAUCCCAGUGUGUAUUUAGGGGCACUCCAAAAAUAUUUUCAUUUGAAUACCACUUAAAUCCAAACUGUGAAAAUUAUUUCAAGCUAUUGUUGAAUUACAAAUAAAUCCCAUGAUACUGUUUGAAAAUAUCAGAGCAUUAUAUGAGAAGCUUAAUUUUGAGUUGUGUAAUUGUUUUUUGACAGAUUUAAGUUUUUUAAGAUCUCAUCUGUCCUCUAACAGGAGUAGCUAUUAAAUAUAGAUUAUUUGUUUUUACAAACCAUUGUCCCUUCUGAGUAUCCUUCCUACGAAAUGUUAAUUUGUAAUGAACCUGUUUUACAGCCCUGCCUUUUUUAUGUCAAGCUUUACUUAUAGAGUUUAGCUUACUUUUCAUGGGUCCAGUAACUUUAUAUAAAUCCAUAUAAUUAAUCCCUCCUCUUCCACAGUCCUAGUCUUAAUGAGGAUGACCAAGCUUUUUGACAGAUGCAGUAGUACCCCUAACUCUGGCUGUGAGAUAACGUAACUCUCAGCUUGCAAAGUAGACCAACUUGGAAGUUCCUGAUUCUUCCCUCCAAAUAGCCAUGAUUUAUAUAUAUCUAUAUCUUGUCUACAGAACAGUACCCCC